CCGCGCCAAGGCUGGCCUCCUUUGACAUCCACCGGAAGCGUGGCAGCAACUCCCUCACUCCCACGGAGAGCCACCUCUUCGCACCACGCAGCCCGCGGGAAGGAGGCUUUCCCGGCUGUGGGGGGUUCCCACUCGCGCCUCUGGCACGGCAGGCACUUCCUGGAAGAUAUUUUUUUUACCGUGGUAUAUUUUGUCAUUAUGAGAUGUCGUCUCUCAGUACUUCAUUUGUGCAAAUUAAAUUUGAUGACUUGCAGUUUUUCGAAAACUGCGGUGGAGGAAGUUUUGGGAGUGUAUAUCGAGCACGAUGGAUAUCCCAGGAAAAGGAGGUGGCUGUGAAGAAGCUCCUUAAGAUAGAGAAAGAGGCAGAAAUACUCAGUGUGCUCAGCCACCGGAAUAUCAUUCAGUUUUAUGGAGCUGUUAUUGAACCUCCUAACUAUGGCAUAGUUACAGAAUAUGCUUCUGCUGGAUCACUGUAUGACUACAUUAAUAGCAACAGGAGUGAAGAGAUGGACAUGGAUCAUAUAAUGACUUGGGCAACUGAUAUAGCUAAAGGAAUGCAUUAUUUGCAUAUGGAAGCUCCAGUGAAAGUAAUCCACAGAGAUCUGAAGUCCCGAAAUGUGGUUAUAGCUGGAGAUGGAGUAUUAAAGAUCUGUGAUUUUGGUGCUUCAAGGUUUCAUUCCCACACAACCCAUAUGUCUCUUGUGGGUACCUUUCCUUGGAUGGCCCCCGAAGUCAUUCAGAGUCUCCCAGUGUCAGAAACAUGUGACACAUAUUCAUAUGGAGUGGUUCUCUGGGAGAUGCUAACAAGGGAGGUGCCCUUUAAAGGCUUGGAAGGAUUACAAGUAGCUUGGCUUGUAGUAGAAAAAAACGAGAGAUUGACCAUUCCAAGCAGCUGCCCUGAAAGCUUUGCAGAACUGAUGCUCCAGUGCUGGGAAGCAGAUCCAAAGAAAAGACCCUCUUUCAAGCAGAUCAUUUCGAUCUUGGAUUCCAUGUCAAAUGAUAGCAAUCUUCCAGACCAGUGCAACUCAUUCCUGCAUAACAAGGCAGAGUGGCGAUGUGAAAUAGAGGCAACUUUGGAGAGACUAAAGAAACUGGAACGUGACCUGAGUUUUAAGGAGCAAGAGUUAAAAGAGCGGGAGAGGCGCUUGAAGAUGUGGGAGCAGAAGCUCACUGAACAGUCCAACACACCGUUUUGCUUCCCUUUUGCUGCAAGAAUGUCUGAGGAGUCUUACUUUGAAUCUAAAACAGAGGAAUCAAAGAGUGCAGAGAUGUCAUGUCAGAUCACAGCAACAAGUAACGGGGAGGUGGCUGACAUGAACCAAAGCCUGAAGGCCUUGAUGAUGAAGGGCUUUCAGGAUGUCUUCUCUAUGAACGAAGCAGGGUCCGUCCUGCAUUCUGGGAUGCAGAUAAAUAUGCAAGCCAAAAAGAAUUCUUCCAAAACCACCUCUAUGAGAAAAGGGAAGAAGGUCAACCUGGCGCUGGGGUUCCAGGAAUUCAACUUGUCUGAUGAUGAUACCGAUGUUGAUAUUGAUUUUGAUGAUGACAGUGACAGUGAUUAGCAGUGAAUGGAAGGAGUAAGAACUCUUAACGUGGCAUCUGAAACAAAAGGGGGGGGGGAGAGAACAAUUUUCAGCAAAGAAAGAAUCCUACAAGUUUGAUUUAAAGUAACUCUAAAAACAGUAGUUCAAUUUCUAGUCCGAUUCUAUUGCUUGUGUGUUAUUUAUCUUUACCCAAACAAAUCAUUUAUUUAAAAUUUUAAAUAGAAUGUCUUUGAGCCUUUAAAAAGGGCAUUUUCAUUCUGUGUGGCAACAUUACUUGGUUGAAUACAAAAAGAUUUAUAGCUCAAGAGUAUUUGGAAAAUGCCAGCCUUGCUAGUUAGUAGUAUUUUAAUUCACUUUAAAUUGUUGGCAAAUUAUGUCAGCAUAAUUUAUUAAUCUGUGGUUUAAAAAUUAUGUGUGAUUCUAGCACAAUCUUUUAUGAUUUUGGGAAAACUGUGCUCCACUUACAGGCAAGCCCAUUCCCUGCAUGUAAGAAUACAAUAAAAUACAUAGAUAUGCAAAACUAUCUAGAUCAGUGGUUUUCAGUCUGUGGGUCCCCAGACGUUUUGGCCUUCAACUCUCAGAAAUCCUAACAGCUGGUAAACUGGCCAAAACACCUGGGGACCCACAGGUUGAGAACCACUAUGGAUAUUUUUUCCCCAUAUCUUCACUAGAGCCAGUCUGUUGUGGUCCAUAGCAUCAAUAUGUUUUUGCUCAAGGGCAUAUUAGAACAGUUUGGUUUUGGAAAUAUUUAGAGUACCUUGUUUUUAAAUGUUCCAUAGGAAGCCCAAACUGUUUGCUGUUUUGAAAAUCAAAAUUUUAAAUACUAUGAAAAAUAAAAUUGAUACAUCAGAUAAGUGUAGUUCUGAAACAAAACCUCAAAGAAUGUUGAAUUCUUCAUGUUCUGCUACUGUUACAGUAGAAAAUUCCAGGGUGCUUCUCAGAAAGCUGUGUUCAUGUCUAACCUCUAAGAGCUCAGUUUGAUCAAUGUCUGAAUUAGACUAUCUUUGGAGUACAGGAUUGUAGAACCACAACUGUAUAAUGAACGCUCCCAGACCCUGAGUUUUCUGUGUGGGCUGCUUUUUUAAAAAAGAACACAUUAAGAGACCAGAAAGGAAAAUGUGAGCAUUAAUUUUGUUUUCUGAUUUUUGUAACAUAUUUUGUAGCUGUAAAUCUGUAUUUGUGCUUGUAAAUUUUUAAAAGAAAACUCAGUUUGGAAGAAAAUACAUUCUAAAGAUAUUCGCCUACCUCCUCAUCCCUGUAGUACCCCAUCCAUAUCCCUAACAAUGAUACUCAAAACAUUUGGGAGUGACCUGUGAUGUAAGGUUGAAAAGGACUGAAGAGUACUCCAUGGAUCCAAGCUCUUACACUUAGGUUGAAAUCCUGUACACAUUCACUGCAGAGCAAUUCCUGUGGCACUCUGAGGGAUUAAUAAUAAUCCUAAUAAUAAUAGUAAUACUUUAUUUAUAACCCGCCCUCUCUCCCUGAAGGGACUUAGGGCGGUUUCCAAAGUAUAACAAAAAUAGCAAAUAUUCAAUGCCAAGAACAAAAAAACAACAACCAAGAGCAAACAAACAACAAAUUCCAUCUUAAGUUUGAAGUUCAUUUUUCUCUGAGUAAACAUUCAUAGAAACUGAGCUGUGCCUCUGUAUCAUUGCUCUUAAAAUAUUAGUGCUGUAUGAGAUUUUGUAUCUUCAAAAAAGUUGUCUGUGGUUUUGGAGGAAGUGAGGAGUACAAGAUAACUGACAAAAAAGAUAUUCAUAGGUGCUACUAUGUAUGCACUAACAAUUGCACCAGUAAUAUUUAUCGAAGUGUGUCACUCGGGAAGAAAACAUUUAUCAGUGUCAUUGUUCCAUAGACUUUUAUGUGUAUAGUUAUGUAGAAAUGUAGCUUUCCUGGAUCACUUUAGCAAUAUAAUUUAAUGAAAUCAAUUUAUACUCAGUAUCCCAAACUCAAGAAUUCCAGUCAAGUUCUGAAAACAAAACUGUAUUAUUUGUGAAAGUGUUUUAGUAAGUGCACAUGCACACACACAUAGAGAGGCUCAACUUGGACAUAGGGAUCUCUAGGAAGUAGUGCGUUCCAAGUAAAUGUAAUAUUACACUUUGGUAACCCAGGCAAUUGAAAUAGGUAGUUGAUACGUUAAAAAAAAAAUUUCCAGAAUGAUAUUCUGUGUGCUCCCUCUCUCUAUAGUAAAUGCUGGAUAUUAGUGUGGAAUAUUAUUUUUUAUUAUUAAUUACAUGUAUCAAUUUACUGGGUUACCAGACUGUAAUAACACAUUUGCAUGUAACUAGGUAUCUGACACAUACACACACAUUUUGGGAAUAUCCCAUCCUGCAGCCCAACUUUACGGAUGCAAAAAGUUAAGCCCUAUUGUGUUCAGUGAACUUUACUUUUAAGUUAAAUAUACAUACAAUUGCAGCCUUAAAUCUAAAACCAAGUGCCCUAUAUACUCAUGCAUACGUCUAGAACUUUUAGUCAAAAAAUCAAUCCUAAAAAUCUGGGUUGAUUUAUCCAUGAAUCAAUGUGAGUACUGUACUUUAACUCUUAGGAAAAAAAGGAACAAUUCCACUCUCUGAGUAGAAAGGCAAAAAGUGAGAGCUUAGUGUAUCCCAGGAGAACCUAAAAGAAGCACCAGCUCACUCUACUCUCUGCACCUGCAUUGGCGAGCGAGCGGCAGCUGGUCUCCUGGGACAGCAUUAGUGCCUUUCCCCUCUACAGCCUGACACCUGAUCUAUCUAGGGGUCGUAUCAAAAUUCAUAAUUUUGGCCCUAAAACCUGUUCUCAACUUAUACAUGAAGUCAACUUGUACAUGAGUAUAUAUGGUAUUUCUGAUUACAAUAAACUUCCAUUUCUGUUGUACCAUACCUCCAAUAAUGUCAAACACUUUCUGAGAAUUUAGUGUGCUUAUUUUCUAGGUUAAUCUGUGCUGUAAACACCCAAAGAUGUUAGUAGCUUUUAGAAAAUUCAGAUCUGAAAUUCUUGGCAUAAUAAUAUCUACUUAUGUACUGUAUGAAGUUUUGCUAUAGUGCUGUGUAUUCUCAGUUAAAUAUUUAUACACUACUAAAGUGCAGUGCCUGAAAGGUCUCAUUAGAGAAACCAAAGUACAAAGAACCAUAUUACUAAAUUCUGCAUUCACAUGACACCAAAUCUUUCUAAGCAUGGGUAUACAAACAAUUGUUUUUAAGGCACACAGAUUUAGUAGAGUCAUCAUUGUAUUUGAUACAUUCAUUAUUAGUUUGCCUCUCCAUUGACAAUGUCAAAUAGAACAUAUGUGGUGGAAAUCAUUGACAUAAAAACACUGCAACAUUCUCUUUUCCCUCCUGCAGUCUUUAUAUCUCUUAGAAAUAUGGUCAGAAAAGUGGUGGUGAUAGUAAUAGUACCACUAGUAGUAUUAGUGGUUCUCACUUCUACAGAUUUUGAGGAUAUGCAGGCACCUGCAGUGAAAGAACUUGCAUUGUGUGAGUGGAUUUUGUGGAGCUGGGUUCCACUCUGCAAGUUCUGUUUAGCUGCAUUUCCCAUUUCAUUGAGAGAUGUAGUUUUGCCAGGGGAAGUCUGUCUUUGGAUUCCACCCAUAGUUUUGAAGUUGUAAAGGAACAUAUGGUUUGAUCAGAAAUCAUACGUUGCCCAGGGAAAACAAUAGAUAUUUUUGUAAGUUAUGCUUUGGAGUAAGUGAAAAAUCUGAAUUUUAUAUAAAUUCUAGGUUCUAUUUAUACCAUGUGAACUAUAUGUAUGCCAUCACUUGGAGCAAAGUAGCAUUCUUGACCAUCAAACCAGCACAUCUUCCACAAUACCAAAUGUAGAAGAUGUAGAAGGCUAGGAUGUGUCAGCCUUAGAUACCACCAUAGCUUAAAGAAUGUGCAGGUCCACAGACUUUUGCUACUUCAACAACUCCUUUCUAAAACAUUUGUACAGUGUAGCAGAACUUGCAACUUGGACACUCACACUUGACCAGUGGAUUGGUCACCUUUUUCCAACUUCAGUAUUGCUGAAACUAUUGAGUAGGGCGUGGCAACCAUAGCUUGCAGUUCCUAAGACCUACUCUACUCUUAGAAAUGGGUGAAGAAAGUGCCUUAAUUGUACCUUUAAAAUUUUAACUUAAUAAUUACUUGCAAAACUUACCUAGAACUUUUUUGAUAAAUGAAGAAUAAUAUCACAGAGGCAAACUGUAGAAGCAUGUUUUAGAAAUAGAUAAUGCCACCAUUGGAGAAUGAUAUUGUAUACUACUUUUUUUGCUUUUGCUUUUGCACUGUUUAAAUGUUUUAUAUUGGUUAAUAAGGAAACAGUAUUAUUUGUAUUUUAGACAUGUCUGGAAAUGUAAAUGGAAAGUAUUUUCACAGUGUUUAGAGAAGUUCAAACUUGAUUUUCUAAAAACUGCUGUGCCACGUGAACUCUUGUGCCCAAACUACUGCGGUGUGUAAACAGAAUAUCUAAUUUGUAUGGAAUGUGAAAUGUUUUACUUGCAUGGCACGAUUUUUUGUAGUUAAUUCCUUUUUCUUUUUCAUUACAAUAUUUAAUCAUGUGAUAUCUUGCUUUGUCCAUAUAAUGGAUUUGCUUUUCUAGUUAUUAACAGAACAUCUUGCAAUGUAAGGGAUUCCCCCUCCAACCCCUGGUUGGUGUCAUAAAUCUUACUUGUGAAGUGUUUACUUUUUCUUCUGUUUGUUUCCAUUUUUGAUUUUGCAUUAAAUAUUUUAACAGUUAAAAAGGGGAAAAAGAAAAUCUGUACUUAUGAAUAAAAAUGUGAAGUGUUUAAA